ACCCGAUUCUCUCUCUCUCUAUUUUCUUACCUCUUCCACGAAACCCUAGUAGCCGCCUCAACUUUCUUCACCUAUCUCAUGCCAAAAAUGGCAUGUUUACAGACCUGGCCCGACAUACACAGUAGUUGCAUGCCUAUUGUGGUGAAAGUGCUAAAGUUUACUUGUUUUUUCAUGGUAGCCCUUACCCGAAUAUGCUAAAAUAUUUACUUUACUCUGUUGUUUUCAUCAAAAUUGUCUUUAUUUGUUGCUUUUAAGAUUAUUUUCGUUGGUAUUUUGUUAUUGGUCCAUAUCCGUUGGGUCAGAUCGACCCAAGAGUGUCAGAUCUGACCGUGUAUUGACUUGUUUCUGAUCUAGAUCGUUGAUUUGUUGGCUAAUUUGUUAGAUUGUAAGGAAAGGGGUUUGUCCCACAUUGAUUGCUGUUGAUUUCAUUUGAACUGUGGGGUUUAGAACCCCAGCCUUUGCACAAAAACAAGUCUUUUUCGAGGGAGAACAAAAAAUCGAAAACUGGAAAAAUAGCAAGGAAAAUAUAUAUAGAGAAAACAAUUAGGAAAAAAGAAGUGAAAAACUUAGAUUUUCAGAAAGACUUCCUAGUAAAAGAAUUCUGAAAACCUAAACUAAGUAGUUGGGGUUUUAGUUAAAAUAUUUGGUUCUUAUUUUCUUUUUCUCCGUGUGUGGCUGGGUUUGCUGAUUUGGAAGCACAUAGGCUCUAAAAUCCAUUCUUGUCUUGGCUGCGCAUUUAAAAGGUAAACCUUGAUUUAGUUUAUUUCAUUUUUGUAUUUAGUACUUAAUAUCCUGCCUAAUUUAAAUAUAUUUGUAGGUUAGUUAUGAUCAUAUGUUCAUGUGUUAAAUAUGUCUUGAUUGGUUUUGUCCUUAAUGUGUGAUUUCAUUUGAUAAGAACAUGAUAAGGAUGAAGGAAAAUAUCAUAGUGAAGUUCAUUUAAGAAUGUAGAUUGUUGAAAUGCUUUUGGUUUUUGUUUGUUCAUAUGGUCUUGAGGUUCAGUGUUCAUCAUAAAGAGGUGUGUGUGUGGUGUUUCGAAGGUCCUUUUCUCUAUCCCUUGCCUUUUUCUUGAAUAUUAUUGUUAGUUUACUGAGCAUGAUCUUAAGUAGAGUAAGGCACAAUAAGUUCAAUUUAAAUAAAAGAUAAGAGAGGUGAAAUAGUCUGUGUGUAAUACAGUUGAACAUGGUUGAUUUGUUGGUAGUAUGUUCUUGUGAUUAUAGUUAAAUAUCCCUAUUUUGCUAGUCAGUCAUGAAUUGCCCUAUUUGUGAAGUGAGGUCUGUUGGCCAAAUCUUAACUGGGCUGUCGGAAUUUGAUCAGUUGUUUCUGGAUAUAGCUUCUGAUGUGCUCCUUUUUUUUUUUUUUCUGAAAAUGAAUGAAUAAAGGAAGAUUUAGAUAAAAAUAUAUAUAUAUAUAUAUAUGCUGGUGGGAUGUCUCAUUGCUUCCUUCUUCUUAAAUAAUCUUACAUUUAGAGUAGAGUGAGACAAGAUAAGCUAGUUGUUUGUUUGUUGUCUAAUAAUAGAACAAAGGGGUAGCAGGAUCAUGCUUUAGGUCUAUAGUUUGAUUGUUUGUUCAUGGCUGUGACUAUGCUUGUGUCAUCACCUAAUAUGGAUUAUGCAUGACCACCUAUGACUUGUGACAAGUGUAUGAUAAUCCAUGACUCAUAGCAGAGUCUUAGAACCAUCCUGUUCAUGACACUUAAAUGUGAACCUUGUUUCCUUUUGAUCUGCUUAAGGCUGUUUUAUCUUGAUGAAAUUUGUUUGCUUGUGCACAUGGUGUUCACAACUUGUCUUGAUAGUCUAUACCAUAAGCCAUUCACCUAGAAGUAGUUUACCUCCCUAAAUGUGCAAAAUCUAAUGGGAAAGGAAAAGUAAAGAAAAUAGGAGAAGUAAUAGAAACCACAAGAUCAAGUCUUCAUUUAAGGCUAACUAGAGUUGAUUUAGUUGCUAAAUGGUUAUUGGACUAACUGUUAACCUUUCCACCUAGUCAUUAUUGAAACUAAAAAGGGUAUAAAAUAAAGAAUGAAAUGAAAGUGAUGUCUAAGGAAGAGGUAUGUUCUCUUGUUUGUGAUUCCUUUUGCUGGCACUGCUCCUAUUAGUUGGUCUUACUUUAGAAAUGAAGUAAUUUGUUACAAAAAGUAAGGGACUGAUAUAUUGUGCGCUUGUAUCUGUAUUGUCUUCACCCAUACAUGAGUUUUAAUUUGAUAAAGGAUUAUGAAUGUUCAAGUUUAUAAGUCUAAGUAUUGAAAGAAGAAUGAAAAGGAGCAACUUGAAUUUGAUUUGUUCAAGUCCUGAACAAUUUAGAGAUUAAGGCUUUACCUUGGGACAUGAAUAUUCUCUUUGUUUCUCCUAUGUGUGUAAGUAGCUGAUGUAGCAAUUAUAAUCCCUAUGUUUACAAAUUGCCUAGGCUUAAAGAUAGACAUAGAUAGAAAGAAAAGCCUUAUGAUAAUAAUCUAAGUAAAAAGGAGUAGGAAGGAAUGGGAUAAAAGAAAGUAGUAUUUAAGAACUAAAAAGGAAAAACAACUUGUCUGUUGAUUUGUAAAUGGCUUAGUGUCAUUUGGGGUAUGAUUGGGGAAAAGGGGAAAUAAAAGGUCAAUAUUGUAUGGGUUGAGGUUGAAAACCACUUGGCUAGAUGAGGAAGGUCUUUUAAAGACACCUUAGGAGAUGAUUGAGAAACUUGACCCAUAGUAUCUUUUCUCCUAGCGAAAAGGUUGUCAUGGCAUCCCUCUCAAGUCUAUGGGGUAUAACCUCUCACCUUUGCACUUUGAUGUCAUCUUGUGAUACUGUUAAGGUUUUUGAGCCUUGAAAGAUGGAAUUGCCUGUACAUCUGUAAUGGACUGUUAGAACUGAUUUAGCUUGAUUUUUGUUGUGUCUGUUUCAAUGUGCCUUAAGGAAAUGUUUGGAUUAGUUGAAAACUGUAAUAAAACUGGAAAAGUUUUUUUUUGUUUUUUGUUUAGAGACACUCUUUGUUUUGGUAAAUAAAAAUAGAAGAGCCCUUCCCUAUUGUGAAAAGAACAUGAUGGUAUAUGACAGAACCUUUAGCAACUAGUUAAGUUAGGUUUAUGAUCUGGACUCUAUGUAGAUUCUGUGUGUAUUAUUGUGAUUUCAACCUGUGUUCUGAAAAAUGGUCUGUUUCUCCCUUCCCCUAAGUCCUAAUAAAUGACUCUUUUAAAAGAUAAGAAGGUUCAUGGCACUAUUCUUUUUAGUCAGGAUAGCAAUGUAGGUUGAUGGUGGGGGGUUGGGGGCGAGGGUAUAUUUGACCCUUCUUCUCUGUGAUUCUUUAAACAAUAACUCAUGUUUUCUUUCCAUUUCUUUCUCUGAACUAAGUCAUGAGUCCAUUAAUACAGAGGCCCAACAAUAGAUAAAGUUGUCCCUACUCUAGUCAUGUUUGAAUGAAGUUGUUUUCCUUCGGUGCAACAUGUAAAGUUAGAAAUAUGUGAUACUUAUUCAAGUUUUAGAGAAAAGAUGAAGAUUAGGAAUAAGGUCAGAGCUAAGAUUAAGUGCAUCCCUUGAGUUAAUUUAAACUUUCCUGCAAAUAGGACAGGAUCAAGAGCAAAGGUUAGGACACCUAGAGUAAAAAAAUAUAGGAUCCCUAUGCAUUUUGAGACUAUGACCUGCCUAUUUGCUUAAGUCAUUUAAAAGGGUGUAACUGAUUAGGUCUAAGAUUCAUACACUCCAUAUGGGAACAUGAUAGCUUAAAAAGUCCUGGGCAGUUGCUUCUAUAGACAACCCUAACUUGGUUUCUAUUGUUUCUUGUGUCUUGAAUUGGGUUCUUUGAAAAAAACUAACAGGAUAUCAUACCAUAAAGGACUAUGGUUUGUGCCUGCUUUGUGCUGUGGUUGUUAAGAUUACAGUUUGUAUCUACCUAUUUAUUCUUUGUCUUUAUAAGAGGAAUCACUUAGACUUGAAAUAUAAUGUCUUGAAGAUAACAAAGUAAUCACUUGAAUUGUCCAUAAACCAUUUAAGAGUUAUGCUUAGACAGCCACAGGUAUACUCUAUGUAUGUUAAACCUGUUAUGAUGACAUUGUGCUUAGAGAAUGAUUUUUCUCUUUGUGUUCUUAUACUUCAUCACAUCUGCCUGAUUUCAUGUUGUUUAGAACUGUAUUUGACUGAUCUGUUGUGGUUUGUUUGGUUAAAGUUUCACUUAGGCUAUGAUGAGCCCACAUAGGUUACUUUUAUUUUUAUGCUUAAAUCAUGUUUUUCUAUACUGGUAUCAUUAUUUCUUGUUGACUGAUAGUGAUUCCAUACACAUAUAUAUUAGAUGCAUCUUAUUUAUUCUGAACCAUGUGUGGGUGUGUGUGAAUAUGUGUCUUCCCUGUUUAUUGGUUGAGAGGCAGUUUAGGUAGAUGGGGGUCUAGUUUGAACCCUUCCCUAGUGACCAGCCAUGCCGGAGGUUCAUGAAACCUCUUGGAACUUGUGCAGCAUCAGGAUUAAAAUGGGGGUGAUGACUUGGCCUCCCACCACCUAGUUUGGGAUGUUGAGUUUGAGGACAUGGAAACACAUAUGCCUCACAUGGUCUCUUGAGUAAAUAUGAUAUACUGUGUAUAUAUGUUGUAUAUUCACGUAUAUAAUAGGAUUUAUAAAACAGUAGUAUACUUUGUCUGCUCUGUGUGCAUAUCAUAUGUAUGAUAUGAAUAGAAAAUAUAAACUAACCGGGGUCUUUUAUUUUUUUCCCUCUCUACUGCAUGGCCACUCGGGCCGAGGUCCAGCCACCUUAUUAGGUUAGAAGCCCAAUGAGGAAACUUUCCUUCAAACGUCUUUGGGUCCAAAAGGAAGAAAGGGAAGCUAAUAUAUUGAAGGCCCAAUCAUAGGGUUUCAAGCAAUUGGAAGUUAAAUGCUUAUACAUUAAUGGUAGAUGGAACAAAAUCAAACAUGGUUACUCGAGGUUCGGCUGAGAGAAUCAUUUCUGAAAGAAGGAUAAAAAAUAAUCAUGAUCCUUCCCACAUGCAAAGGCCUAAAAAAAAUGGUAGUCACAAAAUCAACAAAGAAAAUAGAUACCGAAAAAGAGAUGAAGAGGAAAAAAGUCGUACAACAUGAAGCAGGAGAAGAGGAAGAGUUUGACCUAGCGAUGAAGCAGUCAUGCAAUACGCUAUGCUUCUUACAUGAACCCGAAAGUUAAAAAAGAAUUGAAGGACAAGCUUACGGAUAGACAGUUUGAACUCUUUUCCGAGACUAUAUUUGGGGAAUACCUUGACAUGCAGCAUUGCGAAGUUCAACCACAGAUGUUCAGGUGUUUUAUGGUUAGAGAGCUGAAAAAAAGUACCCCUACUGCCUUUGUUAUUGAUGUUAAUGGUUUCGAAUUGUCGUUCAAGCUUUUCGAUUUUGCAUUAAUGAUUGGGUUGAAGUGUUUUGGGGAAGAAAUUGUUGUUAACUCUAAGAAAAACAAACUGUUGGAUACAUAUUUUGGGGGUUCCAACAAAAGUGUGAAAAAUGGUGAAUUGCUUGAAUGCUUUGAGGAUCAGAAUUGGGGCAUUGACGAUGAUGCAGACGGACAUGUUGUAAAGAUUGCAUUACUGUAUUUUAUCCAUACAUACAUCCUAUCCGGUGAGAAAAACAAUGUAGUCAUUCCAAGGCUCCAUUUUGACUUGGUAGAGAGUGGGCGGUAUGUAGACUACACAUGGGGAAAGGAAGCGUUUGAUGAUUUGGUCAGAAGUAUUCACCAUAAGAUGGAUAAGACAAAACAGAAUUAUUGUCUUCCUGGUUUUCCGUUUGCUAUGCAAGCAUGGCUAUACGAGUGCUGCUCCAACGUUUACCCAAAUUUGACAGUAAAAAAUGGAGAUUGUAUUCCCAGAAUGUUCAACUGGAAAACUAUAGACGGGACUCCACACUUUAAAGAUCCCAUGACUGGCAUGUUCAAUGAUGACGAGUCAGAGGACCGUCUUACAUAUAGGAAUAUUGUGCCGACCAUCAGUGAGAUUGAGGAACUUGGAUUGCGUCCAUAUCUCUCUGGUAAUUCUGCAUCGACAUGUCAACAACAGGUGGCGGAUGACUAUGAUGAUUUUAGUUUGACACCACCACAUGCGUCUGCGGCCAAGCAGCCUCAAAAUAAAGGUGUAUCACAAUCUCCACCUCACAAGAAGCCUAGACAGAUGCCAAUGGCACCAUCGUCAUUGAAGAAGACCGCAUCUGCAAUUACACGUGUUGGUAAUCAUCCGAGUGGUGGACGAUUGACCAGACGUCAUGGGUUGGCAUUAACUGGGCAUGCUUCAGCAGUGGAAAAGGAAUCAGCUCCAAUACCCAACCCCCCGUCUGCUAUUCCUGUUGACGUCCCAUCCACCAGCAAAUUCGAGGAUAUCUCUGGUCUGAGGGAGGAACUCAAUGAGUUUAAGAAUAAAGUUUACGCCGAAUCAAGGAUCUUCACAAAGCCAUCAACGAAAACUUUGCCAAGGUUUUUGAAUAUAUGAAAGUGAAUCAAACUACAGAAAAGGGUGCUGACAGUGCGGCCCCGGUUCAGCCAGCCGACGAGUACAUUCCACGGGAUGCUGGAGUACAAAUGCAAACCGACAUGGGUCAUGCAGCGUCAACAGAGGGAGUUGACAUGCAACAGUUUGAUGUGCCUGAUAUUGGAAUGGAUCACCGCAACGAAAGUGGGAAAACAUUAAAGGCAUCUACUGAAGAACUUUAAGAAGGUGGUGAUAAUUCUGGAGAACAAAAAGAAUCGACGGAAUACAUAGUUCAGUUUCCCGACGACACCGUAUCUGUCAAAUCGCCAGUCGUAUCAGGAAACUCCGCUGACAUAGCAGAGGUCCUAGCUGAUAGUUCUCGCACAGGCUGGUCUUCGGGUCCCUCUCAUGACAAGAGUGCUGUAUUGCAGGAAGAUCGUCCUAUUUUCGAGACGCCGCCUAAAGUUAGUGAGCAUGUGAUUCCCUUAUCUCAGUUUCUUUUGCCUGACGAGCUGUUUCCAAGCCAAACUCCUGAAAGAAGAAUGGUUUUGCAUCCAUCAGUAGCCCGGAAUAGGCGUCCUAGUAGAUACCAAGCUUCCCAUUUCAUGGAGGAUUACGACUCUGCUUCACGAAACUAGUUCAAAACACAUCACUGUCCGCAUUUUUAAGAAGAAGCAUCCAUUCGCGGAAGAUCCUAUCACUGGCCCAGUCGACACAGAGCUUUUUGAUAAAUACUUGGAGUGGAUUCGCAAGGGACUGCUUGUCAGGCAUGA